UGUACAUAAUCUUCCCGAUCUUUUAUCUCCUCAUCUUUGUCAAUGUGUUCAUUUGAUCAUACACUUCUUGCUUCUGCAUGUAUACUAGUUCACAAAAACUUCUUUGUUCUAUCGGAAGUGCAAAUAUAAAGACCGACGAUGGUCAUAUUUUUGUGCAUUGUUACAGCAUGGGAUUUUUAAAAUAUAAGAUAUUGAUGGAGUUUAAAGGAUUAACUGUAUCAGUGCUAUUUAGUGGCAGAUCGUCAUGAAUGGACACCGAUGAGGAAUUGUUUUCCUCGGAUGAGUCGGGCAUUUCAGAACAGGAUCUGAUAGAGCAUGUGGACAUCUUGUUCCGCACCAGUGAUCUGGAAGGCAGUGGCUAUGUCCCUGUGUCACGCAUCAUCCAGUACCUUAGGGUGCAGACCAGUUUUGGUGAAAGUGAAGAAGAUUUGUCAUUCCUGUUGCAACUGGCUGACCCUAGUGGCGGUGACCCCAGCUUGACCCUUGAACAGUACCGGGAGAUCAUGUGGAAGUGGAUCAAGCACCUGCAGCAGGGCGGGGCCAGAAAUGUCAGUGAUGGGGGUUCUGAAUAUGAAGAUAUUCUUUCUGAUCCAGCAAACCGAGUGUCAUCUAAAGAUCGAGGAGGGAGUUCAAAUGCAGGAUUUGACAAACAAGAUGACAAAUUGAGUGUUGGGUUUGGAGUGUCAGCUGAUGAGGUACAGCAGUACAUGGACAGGAUCCAGGAACUUGUGUUCCAGAACAGCAGACUGACGGAGGAGAACUCAACACUACAGCAGCAGAUCUACAGCCAGGAGGAGGCCCUGGCCCAGAGCAACGCCAGCAACCAGGGGUUGGGGAAGAAGAUCAAAGGUCUGCAGGAAGCCAUACAGUUGAGACAGCAGCAUGAGUGUGAAAAUGAAGACAUUAUUCUGAAACUACAGGACCAAAAGCAGGAGAUGCAACAGAAGAUAGGCAAUCUAACAAGUGAUUUGGAACAUAUGAGAGCAAGCAACAAAGAACUGGAGGCCAGUUAUGUUGAAUAUCAGCACCAACUUGAGCAGUUGUCAGAAAUAAGAAGAUAUCAAGAAACCCAGCUUUCAGAGAGAUUUGAGGAGCUGAAGAAUCAACAGAAUCAAAUUCUCAGUUUAUCAGGCACUGUGCAGGAGCUGAAAAUUGAGAAGGAAAACCUGCAGGCCAAACUCUGCCAGUCUAAUGAAGCUAUAGAGAGUUUGAAACAGACAGUUGAAUGCAAAGAUAAGGGAGAUAACUUGAUGCGGUUUCCAUGCAGUACCCCAAUCAAGAGGAACAACUCUAUCUGCAUGGAACUGCGAGGGAUGUUGGAGGAUGGAGACCACAUGCCUUCACCACUGUGUGAGAAAGAGAUAGACCAGGUGUUCCCUCUAUUUUCCUCAGAUGAUGAGGAUGUUGACGAGAGCGAUCCUAAUGUCAGCAUCUACUCCGUCUCCCUCAAGGAUGACCUCACACUGGACAUGUCCAAGUUUAUGGAGAAAUAUCAGAACAAGCAAGAGAAUUUGUUGGAAGAGAUUCGUCAUUUCCUAGAGCCUGGAAAAUCUAACUAUGUCAAAGAUGAAAAGUUUUCUGAAUUUGUUAAAAAAGUAGAGGAACAGAUGUCAAAACUGACGCAGAAAGUGUCUGUGUUGGCUCAAGCAAAAACUGAUGUGGAUCACAGGUUGGGUAAACAGAAGAAAAAAUUCAGGAAACUAAGAGAGGAGAACGCUGUGUUGAAGGAGGCGGCUGACGAUGUGAUUGAGAACAAGAUCUCGUGGGACAGUGUGACGGACAAGCGACUACUGAUCCUGAAGGACCAGAUCGACCAGGAGCGUGCCAACAUCAAGUUCCUGGAGAGGAAGCUGAAAGACAAAGAGUCCACCUUUGUACACGUGGACAAAAAUAAGAGGUUUGGAGCAGAGAGAGUGUUGAAGAUGGAGAUUCAAAAGCUGCAGAGCUUGAAUAAAGAUUUAACUGAAAGAAAUAAGAAAUUGGAAGGAAAAGUUAGUGGCUUGGUAGAAGAGGUAACAAAAGCCCACAGAGAUGUAGAGACCCAGCAAGCUAAAGUCGUAGAGCUACAAGCCGAGAGGGAUGUCCUUGUUCUACAGAAAGAGAGGGCGGAGCACCAGCUUACGGACAGAACCAGGCAAGGGAUACUGGACCAGGGGGAUGUACUGGAGCUUAGGAUACAGAAAGAUGACAAACAGCUGACUGAGAGAAUGGGACAGGAUUCAGAUCAACACGUCAGGACUCCAGAGAGACAAAUGAGAGGGAAUCAGUCACUGCCGCUUCCUUACUCCAGAAAGACAGGCGACAGAGGCAGGGGCACACAGAUGAGUGGGGUACUGCCUUUCGACCUAUUGGCCACUGAUAGUCUGGAAAUCCAGAAGAAGGAAUCUUCAUCCAAGAAGUCCCCCUCACAAAACGCCAUCAUAUCACACACUGAUGGAGACCCCAGGGACGGGACACAAGGAUCUCAUGAACACUUGUGGCUGGACCGUCGUAAACUCUCUGCAGAGGGGUCAGUCACUGACCAGGGGGAGGGAGAGGGGGAUUGUGGGUACAAUGGAGGGGGGCGAAGGAGGUACAGCUACCAUGCUGCAAUAGACAACCACACCUGUCCCCCGGGGGAGCAGCACUACCCCAGGUAUCGCAGUGGUAGCUUCCAGGCAGCCAUAGAGGGGAGUCUGAAGGGGGGCGAGGAGGGGGAGGUCACUGAGAACACUGACCACGUAACAUUCCCCACCGACGUAACAUCAGAAGCUGGUGACUCCUGUAAAUCUUUCUCAUCCUGUUAUAAUAACUGUUUUCAAAUUGCUGACCAUCUAUCAUCUACAAACUUGUCUAGCUGUCUGGGUUCCUCCACAGCGUAUUGUGUGAAUUCUUCUAAAGUUUGUUACUCCGUCUGUGAUAGUGCUACUGUGUUGACCUCUGGGUGGGUGGGAUGUGGGGGAGACUUCACAGUGAACUCCAGCUAUAGGACAUGUACUGACUCCUCCCACAACCAUAGUGAUGUCAUAAUAAAACACCUGACCAGCAGCCAUUGUGAUAUCACCACAGGUGGUGGCAGGGGUGAUGGUGGUGAUUCUGGACAAUGUGGAACUAAGUGGAACCACUUUGGCACCACUGAUGGACAGAGAAGCAGCUGUGGGGGACAGUUUGGGACUGAGUGGCGGGGAGUAGCGGAUGACAGUGGAAGUACUGUGGACGACUCCAACCUAUCUCAUAGGUCUGAAGACUACACUGAUUCUCCAGAAGCACCAGAUGUGAUUCAGAUUACGAAAUCAGGGAAGACAAACACAGAACCUGGCAAACCCUCAUCUAUGUCUUAUAAAGAAAGCCAUCCAUCUUCAUUAUCCCCAUCAGCUGAGUUAGAAUCCUCAGAUCACAACACACGCAAAACUCUCACACCAGCAUCAAUAGUGUCAGGAAACUGCAUUCAAAGUGAAGGGAGUGAGAAAGGGUCAAAUGUCACAAGGUCAGGAAAUGAGAUCAAGAAUACAAAGGUCAAUGACAAGGAGGGAAGUGAGGUCAUGGAUAUAAGGGAGGAGAUGGAUGAUAUUUUAGAGGAUGAUGAAGCGAAGAACAAUGGUGAAGAAGAUGAUGAUGAUGACAAUGUCCUGGUGACAAACAACUUGAUUCAGCAACUAGAGAGGCUGAAUCUGAGUGAUGGGGGAGUAUCUGCUGCCAAAAAUUCACCACACCUGAAGAAGAUCAGACAGGGGAACCUUGCCAAGCGUCGAGAACAAAUGAAGUUUCUUCGAAUGCCUGAUCUAAACGAGAUGCAGGAGUCGGGACAACCAGUGAUGAACGGAGAGGGGGAACCAGACAACCCAGUGAUGCCCAGCAUCUCACAGUCCAUGCUGCAUGACCUUGGGGUUGAUCAAGACAGGGAGCAUGAGGACAGUCCUGACCAGCUAUCAGAACAGGAAAUUGAAAACAAGUUCACCAGCCUCUCUUUGGCGUUUAAGACGGACAAGAUAACCUUGGAGAAGCGGCUCGAGAUCCAGGAGAGGUCGCGGGACAUCGCGGAGGAGAAUGUGGCCAAGGAAAUCAAAGGACUGAGAGAGGCUCUAGAGGUCUGUCUGAUCAGUCAACUGAACCAGAUCUGCGUGGACACACAGGUGCGAGAGCUGCUGCUGAAGAUUCAGCGACAUAUUACAGUACUGGAGCAAGCCAGUGCCCGGGUGUCGUCACGGGCCGAGGUGUUCGGGGCCGUACAGCAGGAGAAGAGGAUGAGUAAAGCCAUAGAGAUAAUGCUGACCCAUGUAGACAACCUGAGGAUGUCCCACGACAGACAGACCGCAGAGCUGGAGGAAGCCAGAAAAUUAAUUCAAGAUAACAGACCUUUUGGAGGGAGCUCAGAAAUGGGAGAAUUUGUGGGACUUUCGAGAAGAUCAGCAUCUGUGUGCCAAAGCAAUGCCUUUCUACCAAAAGGCGCCCGGCGACGGGUCAGUGAUGUGUCCUUGACCCGCAGUGGGCUUCCCCACUCUAUGUCCAUGGACAACAUAUCUGAAUCCAUGCAUGUCACACCACCAUUACGACGAGAACUGUCGGUAACAGAGGAGGACCCCCGCUCCAAGUUUCAGCAACUAGCCACCGCCGCGGCUCUCAAGAACACCACGACGGCAGCGUUUCGGCGGGCCUCCCUCAACAAACAGACCAGCACCUCGUCCCUGCUGGGUGGCAGCCUCCGAAUGUCCCAGGAAAGCAACCAGUCUGACACUAAGUCCACUGGAACUAACUCCAAACAACAUUCAGUGGAAGAAGAGGCUUUCCAGAAAGGGUUUGAGCAGGGUUACAAGGCCCAGAUCACGGGACAGCUGAAGCAGCUCAGAGACCAGCAGAACUCCAUCACUGACACGCUGGAGGAGCUACGUGACAAGUGUGACGAGGAGGAAGAGGACAACGCACAGGAAGUGUCUCUGCGUGAGGCGGUGCUGUCCAAGCUGUGGGAGCAUGUCCCGGAGUGGGAGACGGCCAGUAACAAGCUGCGUCUGGCCACCGUCCUCUUCUUCCUGUUCAUGGCCGCCCUCAGUAUCAUCCUGUCCUUCUUCCCCGUGACCUACGCGGCCGUCCAGGUCUACCCCGAAUAUCAACACGUCACCACCCCACCCGUCUGACCGGGGCUAUUUAUAGUGACCCAUGUAUCCAGAAUAUGACUGUGUUGCCACUAAACCCAUCUGACCGAGGCUAUUUAUAGUAACAGCAAUAAUGGCCACCAGUUAUAACAAGCAAUAAUGUAUUUUUACUCUUUUACUUUGUCAAAUUAUUUUUUAUUUUUUUUUCCUAUUAUUCUAAAGAAGAUAGUUGGAUAUUUCAAAUGUAAUAAGAAGAUAUAUAUAUUUUUUUAAAGCCAGAUUGAUUCAUUUGCACUAAAUUCUUAAAAUGAUUUACAGUACUAUGUACAAUGGUAGAACCAUUUUAAUAAGACCUUGGACUUUUGAUAGGACAUAACUAUUUCUUGCAUCAAAGCAAUUAAAAAAUGAUGCUAGUUUUGAUUGAAAUAUGUAUAGAUUGCGUAAUCUUAGCUCAAAAACCAGACAAACCUUGUUGAUUUCAAAGAGCCGUAACUGAGUGGCCAGCAAUGAAAUAAACAGGCCUGCAUCACAAUGCUGUUUGAACAAACUAUGCCUACCAAAGUCCAAGCUCUUGUUAAAAUGGUUCUGUGUGAUCAGUUGUUUGGCCCCAAAUAGAUGUAUAUUUAGUGCCACCUUCCAUUUUUCCUUUUUUUCCAGUGCUGUUCUAGUGUUCUUAUUUGGAAUUUUAAUUUUCGUUUUUACUGAAUCAAGUGUUUUGCCUGAAGUCAGUGUGAAUAUAUGCAUAAUAUAUCAGUGCAUUUACCAGCCAUUUGUAAAACACUAAACUGUCAUUCUGGUGCUUCAUAGUUUUACAAGCAGGAAUCAUAGUUAUAAAACAGCAUGGGUACAUUUUUUUUCAUUCCAAUUUUAAUCACUUUAUUCAACAGAUUGAAGUUUUCUCUACCAAACCUGCUUUGAGCAUGCACAUACUCCUGUUGAUUUGAUGAGUGUAAUGUAUUAUCAUUAUCUAAAAUACAUAAAAAAACAUUUCAUACAGUGUGUUAACCUUAGUUGAUAAAUUUGUUCAGUUUAAGAAAAUAUACUAGGUUUUGCAAACUAUAUCCAUCAUAGAUGAAUUCCAGGUGUUGUACAAUUAUGUCAUUUUAUCAAUAAGUGAUGCAAUACAUGUAUAUUAUAUUUGAAGAAAGCAUUGUUAUUUUAACUUGCAUAUUCUAUAUUUUAACAUUAUUCAUAUAGGUUUAUUUUUGGAAUUGAACCAUCUCAUGACAUGAGAGGAAAUAUCCUGUAUAUAUUUAUCUAUUGUUCUUUUACCUGUAUUCCAGCAUUUAUGGCAGGUUGCUAUGAUUUUUAUGUAUACCCUGUGUGUCCCUAUGACUAGGUCCCCAUGUCCCCGGGGCUGGCAUUAUUCUAUGUGUAUGUUACUAUGUAAUGGUCACCUGUUGGUUGUAUAUAUAGAGUAUAUUACCUGUGUUAUUUGUUGUUUAAGGAAAUCUGAGUUUCUGGCUGUGAUUUUUUUUGUUCAUCCAUCAAAUUGUUAAAUAAAAUCGACCUUCAAAAUGAAAAUUGA